AACCCGCAGCUGUGCUGUGUGCUGUUUUUUUAUGCUUUCUCAUACCGGUGGAAUGGCGAACGCGAAGGAUCGCGACGAACCUGUAAUUCAGGCACACCAAAGUUUCAUGAAAAAGGACUACAAUGCUGCUUUACUACAUCUCAGCGACUUAGAGAACGCUGUUGGAUCACCUAAUAAAAGAAUACAGCACAAUAAAGCGGUGGUAGAUUUCAUGUCCAGCGAUAUGAAAAACUUGGAAAAAUUCAAGAAAACUAUUGUUCAGCUCAUUGGUGUUACGUUCCCGGACGUUGAAAUCAGUGAUAUUAGUUCUCCAUGCUUGCUUUACAACUACGCGGUAAUGUUAUACCACUCUAGACAUUACUACCAAUGUGUUGUUAUCCUAGAAAAGUUACUAGGAGCUAAGAGCAAUAUAAGAGAUGUGAAAUUGCUACAGCAAAUUACUCUUCUACUUAUGGAAGCUACAUUAUGUAGGCGCACAUAUGACAAGACAUUAGAAAUAGCUAAAAAUCAUGGAGAGGCUGUUAAAGCAAAUAAUGAAAUUGCUGAAUUGUUUGAAAGGCUUGUAAACAGAGCACAGCUAUGUCUUGGACAAAAAGUGAAACUUAACUUAAAAGCUGACUCUGUAGAGAAUAUAUUUGUCAUCGCUCAACAACAAUACUUAAAUGGAGAAAUAAAGGAAGCUGCAAAUACUCUCGGACAGUACCGUUCAUUGAAAUAUAGUUACAAUCUCAAAACUCAAGGUGAAGAUAUAUGGGCAGCUAUUAACAAUAACCUUGGAGUUAUUUACUUGUCUACGAAGAAACCAUUUUUAGCUGCAAAGUACUUCCAACAUGCCGUGAAAGAGCAUUUCAAAGCUAUGGAGAGUGAGGAUAGUGGAAGACUGAUUACAUGUAGAGAUCGUCCUCUCUAUGUUUAUAAUCUAGGUUUGGCAUUACUAGCUGCAAAUAAUUCUGAAGGUGCCUUCGAAUGUUUGGUAGAAGCAGCGAGACACUACCCUAACAAUCCUCGUAUCUGGCUUCAUCUAGCAGAGUGUUGUGUCAAAAAAUGUUGCAGUGAUGAAGCACAACAGUUCACUGUCAAAAAAUUAGGCAGUGGCCCGCAUACCCGAAUCCUUUUGUCAAAGGAAAAUAAGGAAAAGUAUUCCACUUCUGGGGAAUCAUUUGCCAUACCAUCGCUAUCACUGGAAUUUGCUGCAUUAUGUCUAAGAAAUGCAGUUACUCUUUUGCCGAAUCAAGAGCCUCCAGCAGAAGUUACUGCACCACUUAUUCAGGCACCCCCUGGUCCACCAAUCAACUGGAAGCAACGUUGCAAACUUAAAAAUGCGACAUUUGUCCUCCAAAGUUACGUAUUACUCCACUUACAAGAUCCGCUUUCGGCUUUAAUGAGCGCAAAUGAACUAUUAGCUCAGCCAGAUGUGUCUAACAGUCACAAAGCUUGGGCUCACAUCUAUGCCGCAGAGGCUUUGAUAAAUCUCGACCGUAUUACUGAUGCUGGAGAGCACUUACAUCCACAAAUGAUACACGAAUUGGUAUCAGUAUUACCAUAUCAAAUGAGAGACAUGAUUGCCGUAUCUGUAUGGGCUAAAACUGCAGUCUGUAACAUCCUCAGAGGAGAUUUGGUGACGGCCAGAAAGAUUUUACUCCAAAUAAAUUCACCAAGGGUUUUACCAUUGCAGAUGUAUUUAGAAAUCUGCACUGGUAACAUUGAUAAUUGUCAUACAAUAUUGAGAAAACUUAGGUUUAGUAAUUUGUCUCAAUAG